AACCAUUACAUAUCUUCCGCUGAGCUGUGUCAGUUUGUCAAAUACACACUGUAUAGACCCUGAAGCCUGCUACAACACAACUUACACGGAACGGUACGAAACGAUUCUUGCAUGGAGCCGUGCUCGGUUUGUAUGGAACUUCGUUUUAUGAACAGUCCGCACGAGACGGUAAGCAUACACUCUAGUCCUUGAUAAGAAUUCCACAACACGGAGGUUGGAUCAGUGAGAGUCAUCCUCAUAGAUUAUUCUGCUUCUCCCAGACUGAACAUACCCGCAAUGACGCAGAGGAGGUUUCUCUUUUGUAAAUGGAUUCUAUUAAUUGAAGAAUGUUUCGGGUUGUACAUGUGGAGAAUCAUACCACGCAUGACUGAUUUUGGUGUUAUUGAGGUACCUGUGCAAACGGAUGUGAACCAUACAACUUCGUCAUGUGCACUCGAAUGUGAGAUCCGAGCGACGUGUAAACUGUUCCGAAUUAAUAAAUGGACAUCCGAAUGUGAUUUAUAUGAUGGGGGAGGCUAUAAAACAGCGACAACAGUAAUGGGGAACCAGUUCUACCAGAAAGUACCGGGCAGUGCAAACUGUAUCACCGGAAGAGAUGAAUGGUUUCCAGAGUACCAAAAAUGUGUCUGGAUCCACACGGGUGUUCUAAACAACCACGAGGCAAAAGCUCGAUGUGAAUCAGAUGGCAAAAUCAUGAUGGGAGCGAAAAAUAAAACUCAAAUUCAAAGUUUAAUGAAUCUUCUUAAUUUCGAAUGGAUCCAUGUGUACUCCCGAUGGGUAGGACCUAAAUCCUAUGAGUGGUUCGACGGUUCAUCCAUCCCGUCCUCGGGGUGGUGGUGUAACAAUCAGCCAUACGAAGACACUGGAUGUCUGGGUGUCGAUCUCAGCAUGGCCUCUUGGUGUCCGAGCGGGGGCAUAGACGACAUCAUUUGUACAAACGAAAGGCCGUUCUUCUGUGUCUAAAAUGAAACGUAUUCUGUUUAUAUUCUAUUAAAUUUAAGGAUUGAGAUAA